AUGCCCAAGCCGGCAAAAAUGCACGCUGCAGAAGACCAUAUAGUCCCUGAGGCAGCAUCGGAUGUCGACAAUACGUCAGGGUCUGAGUCCUCCGCAGAGUCGGACUUCUUGGACAAUGCGGGAGCACGAAAACGACGACGAACAUCCUUUUCAGAGGACGGCGGUGUUUCACUGGACCUCGACCAAGUUAACAACGCCAGCGGCAGCGAUAGCGACGAAGAGCACCUGCAGACUAUACUUUCGACCAUCAAGGCACCAUCUCGAGUAAAAAGAGCUACGGAUCGUGCCCAAGUCGAACAAUCCAUCAUACAACCACAGAAUCCUAUAUUGGCACCCACCGACCGAAACACAAGCUUCUCUAGCCUCAAUGUGCGGCCAUGGCUCGUGCAGUCGCUUGCAAACAUGGCCAUUAAAAGACCUACGGGUAUUCAAAAGGGCUGUAUUCCUGAAAUUCUGAAAGGCAGAGAUUGCAUAGGUGGUAGCAGAACCGGUUCAGGAAAAACUGUCGCCUUUGCUGUGCCUAUUCUGCAAAAAUGGGCUGAAGACCCCAGUGCAAUUUUUGGGGUUGUUCUAACGCCUACAAGAGAACUUGCGCUUCAAAUAUACGAACAGUUCAAAGCUAUCUCAUCGCCUCAAAGCCUCAAAGCUAUUCUCGUUACGGGAGGUUCAGACAUGCGGCCUCAAGCAAUCGCUUUGGCGCAGCGACCACAUGUCGUAAUUGCUACACCCGGACGAUUGGCAGACCAUAUUCGAACCUCUGGAGAGGACACUAUCUGCGGAUUACGUCGAGUUCGUUUUGUCGUCCUCGAUGAAGCAGAUCGAUUGCUUCACGCUGCUGGGCCAGGCAGCAUGCUGCCUGAUGUCGAGGAAUGCCUAUCCGUGCUUCCUCCCGCGGCCGAGCGACAAACUCUCUUGUUCACGGCAACGAUCACUCCCGAGGUGAGGGCACUCAAGAACAUGCCGCAAAAGCCCGGAAAACAGCCUGUCUUUGUCUGUGAAGUUGAUACACAGAUGCUAGCCAUUCCGACUACCCUGCACCAAACACACAUUCAAAUACCGGUCACACAUAGGGAGCAUUACCUACAUGUUUUCCUCCUCACCGAAGCAAACAAAGACAAGACCGUUAUCAUUUUCUGCAACAGAACGUCUACUGCGGACUACCUCCACCAUCUUCUCCGACUCCUCGAGCAUCGGGUGACGUCCUUGCACUCUCAACUCCCCCAGCGCCAGCGAAUCGACAACCUCGCACGAUUCCGCGCUUCUGCUGCACGUAUCUUGGUGGCUACAGAUGUUGCCGCGAGAGGUUUGGAUAUCCCUGAAGUCAGCCUCGUUGUCAACUAUGAUAUCCCCAGAGACCCAGACGAUUACAUUCACAGAGUUGGUCGUACGGCUCGUGCUGGACGGAAAGGCGAGUCUGCCACGUUUGUGGGGCAGCGAGACGUGGAACUCGUCCUGGCCAUUGAGGAACGAGUAGGUAGGCAGAUGGACGCGUGGGAAGAGGAAGGCGUGAAUCUCGAAACAAGAGUCAUUCGUGAUGCACUCAAGAUCGUGAGUGAGAAGAAGAGGGAGGCUUUAUUGGAGGUCGAGGAGGGUAGAGAAGUUGGCGGCAAGCGGAAGAGAGCGAAGACAAAGCUUCGAGCAGAAUAA